AUGUGUUUGCGCUGAUGAAUAUUAUACAGAUGGAUCAAAUUAAUGUUAGCCAUGUGCAGCACCAUGUUCAAAGUGUGAAAAUAAUGCUACUAAUUGUACAGAUUGUGUCACUACUUUUACAUUAAGUACUGCUAUACCAUAUAAAUGUGAUUGCUCCUUUGGCUAUUUUUAAGUUGAUUCUCAAACAUGUGAUGUAUGCGUAAGUCCAUGUGAAACUUGUGAAUUCAAUUAGAGUCACUGUUUAACUUGCUUGGAUCCAAAUUCAAUAGUCAAUAGUUCAUAUUAAUGUGUUUGUUAAUUAGGUUGGCUUUUAGAUGCUGAUGGUGUCACAUGCAAUUAAUGUUAAUUACCAUGUUUAGAAUGUGUAGAUACAAUUAAUAAAUGUGUUACCUGUUAUGAUCAAACACAUUAAUCCCCUGAUACUUGUGUUUGUGAGCCUGGGUGGAUUAUCGAUCCUAAUUAUAAUUGUAUUAGUUGUUAAUAACCAUGUAAAACAUGUGAGAUAUCUACUUCUUAAUGCUUAACAUGUUUGGAUAUAAAUCAGGAAGUUAAUUCUUCAAAAUAAUGUGUUUGCAAGUCUACUUAUUAUGCUGAUAGCCCAAUAACUUGUGCAUAGUGUUAAUAACCAUGUUAUGAAUGCGAUACAAUUGGUUGCAUCAACUGCAUAGACGUAAAUCAAAUCCUGGAUUCCAAUAAAUAGUGCAUUUGUAAAUCUGGAUAUGUUUAAUCAGGGUAUGUGUGUCUUCAAUGUUUAAAUCCAUGUACUACUUGUAUCAAUUCUGUUAGCCAAUGUUUAACAUGUAUGGAUCCAAACUAGAUAGUCUAAAAUUUUAAAUGCUUAUGUAAGGAAGGGUUUGUAAAAAAGGGAAAUUACUGUUGUGAUGAAUAUUGUUCAGAUUGUUAAGGAGUAGAUAGUUGUAAUAGUUGUAUAAAAGGAUAUUUUCUGACUAAUAUCAAUAGAUGUUUAUAAUGUAUUGAUUAUUGUGAUAUUUGCUACAAUCAAAGUGUUUGCUAAACCUGUUAAGAGGGUUACUUUAUAAAUUAAUAGUCUCAAUGUGAAGCAUGUGUUCCUUCUUGUAAGGUAUGUGGUGAUCCAUAAAUAUGUGAUGUUUGCUUUGAUGGCUAUUAUCUAUUGGAUUGGAAAUGUGAGGCAUGUAAUCAAAAUUGUUUAACUUGCAAUGAAGUUUCUGAUAAAUGUGUUACAUGUAGACCCAAUUAUGAAAUCAAUUCUAAUAAUUAAUGUUUCUGUAAAUUUGGAUACUAUGAAGAGUAGAAUCAAUGUUAUAGAUGUGAAUAUCCAUGCAAAACGUGUUUAAGUUAAUCAAUAUGUUCAGAAUGUUUUCAAUUAUCUAAUUUACACUUAGAUGAAAAUGCUCAAUGUAAAUGUAGUCCUGGGUUCUUCUGGAAGUAGAACAGUUGUUCCCAAUGUCAUUAAACUUGCUUAACUUGUAUUGAUGAUUAAUUAAAUUGUUUGACUUGUGACUAAAAACUACAUCGAAUUUUAAAGUAUCACAAAUGUUAAUGUUCUUAAGAUUAUUUUGAGAGUGAAGAUGCAUUGUGUAUAUCAUGUUUGACUGAUUAAGGGAAAUCUUAAGAAAUUUGUAAAUACUCAGAUUGCAAUGAUAAAAUUUGGACAUAUGGAGAAGAAUGUGAUGAUGGUAAUGAUGUAAUUAGAGAUGGUUGCUCGAAUUGCAAGAUUGAUCAUAAUUAUUCUUGUUCUAAUGAGAUACUAAAGUAGUCAAUUUGUUUUCAAUGUUCGACUCAUUGCAUUAAAUGCCAACUUGAUCCUCAGACAAAAAAGUCGCAAUGUACCAAAUGUGAGUUUGGAUAUUUCUUAGAUAAAAAUGAUUGUGUUGAAUGUUCAAUCAAUUGUUUAGAAUGUAUUGAUCAAGCCUAUAAUUGCGUAAGUUGUAAGUUUCCAUAAUAAAAGAAUCACAAGUGUGAACUCUGCGAAUCUGGAUACUAUGCCGAUGAGGAUAAUGGAACUUGUUUAAAUAUAUGUGGAGAUUAAAUUAAAGUAAAAGAGGAAGAAUGCGAUGAUGGUAACACUAUUAAAGGUGAUNAGUAAUAUCGUUAUUCUUUUUGUGAGAAAUUAGUAUAAAUUAAAUUAGAGUGGUUAAGACUUUGA